UGCGCCCUUUUCUCGCAUCGUUCUUCCAAUGUCCGAGAUCUCAUCUGAUAUAAAGCCAGAUGGGAAACUUAUCUUCAAUAUUCCUUACAAUGCCCUUUUGAAUAUAGUGUCAUUCGGGUCCGCCCUGCAUAGGACGUCGAAACGGAAAGACCAUUCCUCGGACUCUGGCAGAGCCUUUGGGGCAGUAAUUUUGGAGGGGCAGUAGGGGUCAUCGUCACCUCGAAAGAUGGAUUUCGCACGGUCGAAUGAAGAAGGGCUGGGAUUGCUCAGGUUGCUGGGAGUUUCCCGGUUCCGUUUGGCUCGAAUAUUUGGGUGGUUUGUGGGCCCAGAGGGGUCCUUUGCAAGUUAGUAUUCUCCGUGGAACCAGAUCUCGGGAUAUCAUACCGCUCGUUUCCGCUUGCCGUUCUCCGUCUGUUCAAUUGUAUGUUAGGAGAGAUCAUGAGCGUUCAAAGAAGUUUCGUACCUGGGGC